CACACAGGAGGAAGCACAAAACAAGAUGGCGUCUGGCGGAGAAUACGUUGUUUUGGUUAUUAUGGUUUCUAGGUCUUAAUUACAACGUACAUGUGCACAUGUGCGUCGUUUAACAGAGUAAACGUCGUUAUUAAUUGUUUGUAUGCGGAUACAUUAGUCUGAGUGCACUUUGACGUGCUAGCCUAGCCUGCUGGUUAGCUUAGCUUGUUAGCUGCUAACAAAGAGAGGCGGAAGUGAUCGACACAUCAAAGCAGAGAUCCAAUGUCGGGUCGCGGGGCCAGCAGCCUAAGUAGGGAAGCCCAGCCUUUCCUUUCCCCAGCCACGUCAUACAGCUCUUUCUAGGGGAUCCCGAGGCGUUCCAAGGCCAGCCAGUUUCUAACAUAAUAGUGAGAGUCCAGUCCAUAGUGGGGCCAGCCAGAGACCAUCCCGAGCGCAGACAGACGUCUGUGAAGAACAUCUUCACCCUCAGCAACAGAAGUGGAGCUUCAGGAUGCAGACGGAGGAGCCACAGCCCUCCCACAUUAAGAAGGAAGAGGAAUACCUUCAGAUCUCCCAUUUUAAAAAGGAAGAGGAAAACCCACUAAUCCCCCAGUUUAAAGAGGAAGCGGUGGAUCCACAGAGCCCACACAUUAAGGAAGAAGAGGAGGACCCACUGACCCCUCACAAUAAAGAGGAAGAGGAAGAACACAGCAUCAAUCAGCAGGGAGAGCAUCUUGAAGGACUGGAGGAGGUUGAUGUCACCAAGAUGCCAGUGACUGGUGUCCCUGUGAAGAGUGAAGGUGAUGAGGUGAAAGGUGAAAGUGAGGAGAGGGGAGGGGGGGAGCCUCCAAGCAGCAGCUCAACACAACACAUGACAACAGAAGCUGAUGGAGACCACUGUGGAGGAUCACAAGCAGACAAGCUCUUAGCUCCACUAUCAGAUAGUGAGGACACAACGUCACACUCUCCUGACACUGAUGAUGAAGACUCUAAAGAUGAUAAGACAUGUCACACUGACAACACUCACUUCACAUCUUCUCACUGUCACAAAACCUUUAAAUACCAUUGUCGUCUGAAAAGACACAUGAGAACACACACUGGAGAAAAACCUUUUAUCUGUUCAAUAUGUGGUAAUGGUUUUACACAAAGUUGGAGUUUGAAAUUGCACAUGAGAAUACACAGUGGUAAAAAACAUUUUGUCUGUUCAACCUGUGGUAAAGGUUUUACACAAAGUACAGAUGUGAAAAUACACAUGAGAACACACACUGGUGAAAAACCUUUUUCCUGUACAACCUGUGGUAAAGGUUUUACAGAAAGUCAAAAUUUGAAAAGACACAUGAGAACACACACUGGUGAAAAACCUUUUUCUUGCUCAGAAUGUGGUAAAUAUUUUGUUCAAAGUAAACAUUUGAAAGUACACAUGAGAACACACACUGGUGAAAAACCUUUUUCUUGCUCAGAAUGUGGUAAAGAUUUUGUUCAAAGUAAACAUUUGAAAGUACACAUGAGAACACACACUGGUGAAAAACCUUUUUCCUGUACAACCUGUGGUAAAGGUUUUACAGAAAGUCAAAAUUUGAAAAGACACAUGAGAACACACACUGGUGAAAAACCUUUUUCUUGCUCAGAAUGUGGUAAAGAUUUUGUUCAAAGUAAACAUUUGAAAGUACACAUGAGAACACACACUGGUGAAAAACCUUUUUCUUGCUCAGAAUGUGGUAAAGGUUUUGUACAAAGUCCCCUUUUAAAAGUACACAUGAGAACACACACUGGUGAAAAACCUUUUGUCUGUUCAAUCUGUGGUAAAGGUUUUACAGAAAGUCAAUGGUUGAAAGUGCACAUGAGAACACACACUGGUGAAAAACCGUUUUCCCGGUCAAUCUGUGGUAAAGGUUUUACAGAAAACUGGUGUUUGAAAGUACACACUAGAACACACACUGGAGAGAAGUCCCAUUCCUGUUCAAUCUGUAACAGAAGCUUUUGUGAAGGAUCAAACCUUUUAGUACACAUGAGAAGACACCCAGGAGAGAAAGUGUUGAGUUGCAGUGUGUGUGGUGAAAGAUUGUCUUCUAAGUACCAGUGUAAGAAACACAAGUGUGCUGGUGAGAACAGCAGCAGCAAAUGAAACCGCAGGAUUUGAAAUAAACUGUCCAGACUUUCAUUUUGACUUUCUAACAACACCAGCACAUAUAACAUGUGUGACAUUGUUGUUUGUCUAACAAUCUGUUUAAUAUGCUUCCACAUUUAUAGAUUAGAUAUUUUAUAUGAAUGAUUUUAUCAGUCAAGUACAUUCAUUAAUAUGCACCAUUGUGUACUUUUAUUAAAAAAUGGACAGAACAAUUUGAGUAGAUUAGAUAGUAAACAGUACAAUACAUAUUUUACAUGCAAUAAACAUUUUGUGUGCAUGUAUACACACACACACACACACACACACACACAUAUAUAUAUAUAUAUAUAUAUAUAUAUAUUUAUAUAUAUAUAAUUAUAUAUAUCCUGUAUAUUCAUCAUACAAUUUUAUAUGAAAUAUUGUAUUUGUAAUUGUUAAUAAUCCCAUAGAUUAUCACCUUUAUAUGAUAUACAUAUGUACUGGUUCACAUCUGAAACAUCUUCUGGACCACUUCAGGAAGCAUAUUAUUAUUUACUUUAUACAUCAUUUAAACAGUUGUCUUUCAUACAAUUUUAAAAUGUGUCUUUUUAAACCAUUUGUUGGGUCUCUACAAUCAUUUUUAUUCAUUAUCGUCAUUACUCUGUAUUAUGAUGAUUGUGUUGUGAUUGUUUUAUAUGUAUGUCCCCAGACCUUUAUGCAGUAUAAAAGUGAGAGAAAAUGGCAGAAUUUUUUUUUUGUGAAAUGAUGGUUUUGUUUUUACAAACUUACAUUUGUGGAUGUAUUAUAUAUAUUGUGUUUUAAACAUUUGUUUUACUGUUUUUUAUGUUCUUUUUUAACAUCCCCAAAACAACAUCAAUAUCAGUCAAAGUUUGGAGUGUCAGACAAAAGCCAAUAUUGUACAUCAUCCCACAGAGAUUUACUUUGCAUACAUUCUUAAAAUAAACUGUUUAUUGUGUUUCCCAAUCA